AUGUACAGUACUGUGCCGCACCGUACCCUUGGUACUGUAUGUCUGUGCUGUUGCUGCUGGCGCCCCCACGCCUCCACACUUGCCUCUCAUCUUCCCACACUUUCAUCUCGGCCUUUCCCACGCAUCCCACCCCCUUUCCUUCCCGCCGCCGCUCACACCCAUUCCGCGCCGCGCCCUCCCUGCCCCCCCUCCCCCCCGAUGUCGCGCUUCGCGUCGGCCGAGGCGCAGGAAGCCGAGAAGGCGGUGCGGGACGCGCAGCAGCGGCAAGAGGGCAACCUGUACUGCGCCGACUGCGCGCACCCGCGCCCGGAGUACAUCAACCUCACCAUCGGCACGUACAUCUGCGACCUGUGCGCCCAGGUCCACCGCCAGAUCUCCAAGCGCCGCAUCAAGGACAUCUACGCCGGCGACCUCACGCCCCAGGACGCGCACCGCAUGGACGCCGUCGGCAAUGACGUGGCCAACCGCAAGUUCCUGGCCACGUGGAACCCGCGCGAGGUGCCCGAGCCCGACCGCCGCGACAAGGACGCGCUGCACGAGUUCAUCUGGCUCAAGUACGACGGCAGCUUCAAGAAGCAGCCCGCCGCGCCCGCCCCGCCCGCCCAAUCGCACCGCUCCGCCCCCGCCCCGCGCCCGUCCGCCGCUCCGUACCGCCCGGACGACCCUUACUAUGACCACCGCCCGGAGGAGAGGUCCGCCCCGUACGGCCGGGAGCGGGACUUGUUCAGAGACCACCCUCCCCCGUCGAAGCCGUCCCGCGGCUACUGGACGAGCAGGUACGAGGCCCCGCCGGGCCCCAGAAGACCCCCGCCACAGCCGUCGCCGCCACCGCCGAGGGAUGACUAUUAUAGGCCGCCGUACCCAGAUCGCUACCGUAGUGCCGCCCCGCAAGAUCGCUUCCAGCCGCAACACCCGGCCCUCGUCCCGCCGCCGUUUGGACGCCCCGGGAGGAGUUUGAGGAGGUAUCAGGAGCAGGGGGCUCCGUAUGAGGACUAUGGGUCGGGCGCGAGCGACGACAGGGACGACCCACGACGGAGAGGGAGCAGGGCUAGGAGAAGGGCCGUCAACCAAGAGUAUGCCACGGACAGUGAUGAAGAAGUCGCAGAAUCAUUUCGCAGGAGAAAAGGGGGGCGGAGCAAAGUUGAGAGGAAUGGCUAUUAUAGCGAUGAGGAGGAUGGUUUUGCCGAUGAUGAACAACCCAAGAAGGAGAAGAGGAGAGAUAAGAAGGGGAAGAAGGGGAAGAGUAAGAGAAAGGAGGACGAGGAUGAGGACUACGAAGAGGAGGCGCAGAUCGACGUGCGUAAGUCGAAGCGCUCCAAUUCGAAGAAAUCAGAGAAGCGCAGUGAUCGCGAUCGCGACUCGGUCCGCACCCCCUCCGUCGAUGGGCUCGAUGAGAUGACGGCGCCUAGACCAGGACAGCCCGCGAAGACCGAUUUCGACCUCAUGUCAGAGUGGAUGGGCGAUUCCAAGGACACUGACGCGUCGAGGGGAAACGUGAGCUCCCCGUCUGCAGGUCCGAUUCCGGCGGCCAUGCAGCAAGCUUAUGCUACCCAAGUGCCCGUCAUGGCCCCACCGAUGUCUAUGUACGGCGGCAUGAUGCCGAUGCCAGGCGGUGGCUACAUGCCCAUGAUGGCUCCCGGGAUGCCUUCCGGGUUUAUGCCGAGAAUGGGGAUGCCGGGUAUGGGCGGGAUGCCAGGCGGGAUGCCGGGCGGGAUGCCGGGCGGGAUGCCGGGCGGUAUGCCGCCUGGCAUGCAACCGGGCAUGCCUCCCGGGAUGCCUCCGGGUAUGGCUGCGGGGAUGCCUCCGGGUAUGGCUGCGGGGAUGCCUCCAGGUAUGCCUCCUGGAAUGAUGGGGAUGCCCGGUCCGUCGGCGGUACCGGGCGGCGGGAUGGCAGGUCAACCCCCGCAAAUGCACGGUUUGCUGAACGGGAUGCAGAACUUAAACAUGCAGCCAGUACCGCAGAACGCAAAUCCCCAGCCCCCCCCGCCACCGCCCGUUGGUAUGCCGGCAGGCCCACCGCCGGGGCCGCCGCCGGAAGCCCCGCAAUAGCGCAUGUCGUUGUAUGUAGCAGUAAAGUAUUUGGUGAGGGAUGGUGAGUUUUGUUUUGCUACGCAACUGUCAGAUCAGGUCGGCACCUCAAACAAGGUUUUAUCGUAGAGUAAGUUGUUCGUAUCACCGGUAUCAUUCGUACAUAAAAAGGCGAAUCGGAUGGAGACCGAGGAAAA